AUGGCAGAAAGUAUAGCAAAUGCUUUAGGAGGUGGUACAAGUUCCGGAAAACAAAAGGUCCCUUUAGAAUAUUUAGACUACUCAUUCAUAGGUAAAUGUACUGAUGUCAAACUGUUGGGAAGAAUUCUUAAAAUUUUGAGAUCAGGAGAUGAAGGCUUGUACCCGGAUCUCAUAAAAUUUUGUGAAAAAAGGAUAGAAGAGGUAGAUGGUUCUGAAAGCAAAUAUUUACGACAAGAUAAAGCUGUGUCACAUGCAAGAGAUUUGGGUCUGGAUGAAUUCAAACAAAUUAGCCAAGAUAUGAAGAGCUGGAAAACAGAUAUUGAAUCCAAAGAUUCUUAUUUGAAGACAAAUCAGUCUGCUUUUGAGGAUGGUUUACCACCAGUUAGAUCAGGAGCUACUAUAAACACAGAUACUGGACAGGUUACUAAAGCUGAAAAAACGCCGUUCUACAAACCAUCUCCCGACCGCAUCAAAUCAUCUGAUUACAAAGCAUGGGAUAAGUUUGAUGCAGAGAAAGAGGCCGAGAAGGUAGAUGAAGAAACCUCAGCAACCCCAAAGAAAAAAGGGACAUCAGUGAACAGGGAGAUUAAUAUUAGUAGUAAAGUUGAUACUACAGGCAUGACUGAUCAAGAAAAAGAAUUAAAAGCAAAUCGAGAAAAAGAUAAAGGAAAUGAGGCAUUCCGUUCUGGUGAUUAUGCCGAGGCCGAGCUCUACUACUCAAGAAGUGUUUCCUUGAUUCCAACUGUUCAUGGCUACAACAACAGAGCCCUAGCAAGAAUAAGACAAGAAAAGUUUAAAGAAGCUCUCCAAGACUGUAAUUUAGUUUUGAAAGAUGAGCCUGACAAUGUCAAAGGCUACAUGCGUCGUGGUGUGGCAGAAAAAGGUUUGAAAGAUUAUUCAAGUGCAAAAAAAGACUUCCAGCAUGUGAUUUCUUUGGAGCCUAAUAAUAAACGAGCAAAGGAACUUCUAGCAGACAUAGUGACAGAAGAGGCUAAAAGUUUGAAGUCAAAAAACAAAACUAAAAAAGAUAAUAAAACUUCUGAAGGAGGCAAAAGAUUGAUAAUAGAAGAAGUGGAAGGCAGCGAUAGUAGUGAUGAUGACGAUGAUAGUUUUAACAAUGAGAAGGUCACUGAAAACAAGAAAAACAUUCCAAAUGGCGACAUCCAAGAAGAUGUCAAAGAAGUUGAACAAAACGGCAUCAAGAAAAGUAAACCAUCAUGUAAUGAUGUAGGACCGGCAUCAGAGAAAGACAUUUGGACUGAAAAAGACAUCGAUUUAAAACAGGAAGAUAAAUCGGGAAAGCAAUUCGGAAAUACAAUAUCUAAUAAUGAAGAAGUGAUUGCGAAUGAUGCCGUUGAUGGUAUGCGUCAUUCCAAAAUAGAAAAAAAAGAGCAAAGUAACAAAUUGUCUAAAGCUGAUAAAAGUAACAACAUAGCUGAGAAUGUAAUUCAAAGUAAAGCAGAUUGCAAAGAAGUUGCUGUGGCCCAGAAAAAGGAAGUUGUUUUAGUUGAGAAGAAAGAAGAAGCCACUCCUGCCCCUCCUCCGCCACUUCCUUUACCACAGAAUGUGAUGGAACUGAAGAAUAAAGGCAAUGCUUUAUUUAAAGCAGGACAGUAUGGCGAAGCUGUUGAGUGUUAUACUAAGGCUAUAAAUGUUUUACAAAAAAAUGAAAAACAGCACGCUGCCAACAUGUCUGUACUACUUAGUAACCGAGCAGCAUGUCACAGUAAAACUGGUGACUGUAGAAUGUGUAUAGAAGAUUGCAAUAAAGCGUUACAGUUAUUUCCAUAUUUACCUAAACCUCUACUUAGACGAGCUGCUGCAUAUGAAACACUUGAAAAGUACCGAGAAUCCUACGUUGAUUACAUGGCCGUAUUUUCAAUUGAUCCGUCCUCUAUGGUUGCGCAGGAAGGAUCCAAUCGAAUGUGCAGAGUAUUAUCAGAAAUGGACGGACCAAGAUGGCGAGAGAAACUACCGAAACAAACUACAAGCCCCAUUGUUAGUAAGUUUCCACCAGUUCUCACUACACUAGCUAGUGAUAAAUCAGCAGCUCUUACAACGACUGUUAAUAGCACCAGUACAACUACAUCCACAUUGAAAGAAGCUACUACGAUUAAAAGUGAAACUGUAUCAUCAGUCAAGAUUGAACAAGAACCUUCAAAAGAAGUCCAGUUUCAGAACUUAAAGGAUGAAGGCAAUGGUUUUGUCAAAAAGGGAAAAUUUGAUGAUGCCAUUUCGUGUUACACAAGGUGCAUUCUGCUAGACAAUAAACAAGUUGUUAGUUUCACAAACAGAGCUUUAUGUUAUCUGAAAUUAAACAAGCCGGACCUCGCAGAAACAGACUGUUGCACAGCUCUGGAACUGGAAGAAAACAAUGUCAAAGCAUUGUUUAGGAGAGCACAAGCUAGAAAGAUGAUGAAACAGUACAAGACCAGUCUACAAGAUUUGACAGUGUUAUUAAAAAUAGAGCCACAGAAUAAAGCUGCCAAGAGUGAAUUAGAUGCUGUUAAGGAAUUUUGGAGAAAGGAAUUGAGAGAAGCUCAAGAGAAAAAGACAACUGAAGCGCAAGCUGAGAAGACUAAAUCUAAGAAAAAAGAACCAGAAAAAACUAGAAAAAAGUUGGUGAUACAAGAGGUUGAUAGCAGUAGUGAAGAAGAUGAAGAGGAACAACUGAAAGAAAAGAAAACUGACAAAAAAGAAAAACCAAAGUCAUGUAAAUCAGAUAAGUGGAACGAUGAGCAUAAAAAAACAGGAGUACAGACUUCUCCCCAGGAAGCUAAACAGACAUUAUCCAAUGACUCUAAACGCAUGACAUCUCCUGAAAAUAAACAGAAAUCACCCCUCGAACAGAAACGAACAUCGCCACCUGAAAAUAAAGGAACAUUCCCAAAUGAACAUAAACAGACAUCCCCGCCUGAACAUAAACCGACAUCACCUCAUGAAACGAAACAUGUGCCACCCUGUGACAAAAAACAUGCGUCACCUCGUGAACAAGAAGCAAACAAACCACCCGUAUGUAAUGAGCCUAAAAAGGAGGAGGCAGCCAUACCAACACGAUCAGAAAAAGCUGAAGAAAAACGGAAAGACCAGUCUGUGGCUGAAACUACUGGUAAAGGUAAAAGGAAGAAUAGAAAGCGUGGUAAACAACAACAAAAUGGUACAACUCAAAUAGAUCCACAGCUUAAUAAGGCCACUCCAUAUGAAUUUCUGCAAGCUUGGAAUUCUUUGAAGACAAAAGACACAGGUGCUUAUGCUAAAAUAAUAAGACAACUGAAACCAGAAGAUUUUCCUAAGGGUAAGAAAACUUGA